GAAGAGCCACGUUGGGGAGCGGCUCGUUAGACCGGCUCGCGCGCAGGUGCUAAGCGGACGAGUGAGCUCAGCGCCUCCCUCCUUCCGGCCGGGGAUGAAGUCCUGCAAGCCCAGCAACCCGGCGGCGACACCGCCCGCUGCGCCCCCUUGCGCAGGCGGUGCCGAGUGCGCGGGUGCGUGCGCCGGGGCUGGGCGGCUGGAGAGCGCGGCGCGCAGGCGCCUGGCGGCCAACGCGCGCGAGCGCCGUCGCAUGCAAGGGCUCAACACGGCGUUCGACCGCCUGCGCAGGGUAGUGCCGCAGUGGGGCCAGGAUAAAAAGCUGUCCAAGUAUGAGACCUUGCAGAUGGCACUGAGCUACAUCAUGGCGCUGACCCGUAUCCUGGCCGAGGCCGAGCGAUUCGGCUCGGAGCGGGACUGGGUCAGUCUUCACUGUGAGCACUUUGGCCGCGAUCACUACCUUCCGUUUGCGGGCGCGAAGCUGCCGGGUGAGAGCGAGCCCUACGGCCAGAGGCUCUUCGGCUUCCAGCCAGAGCACUUCCAGAUGGCCAGUUAGGGCGCGCGGCCCUGCCGGGCGGAGAUGCUCAAUGAUCGAGUUCCGGGGCCGUAGCCCUUUCCCCAGUAGGUGGCCUAGGAUGCAUUCUUAGGAUAAAAUAGUAAACUUUCAGGUUACUUUUAUUCGCGUCACCGGUCUUAUGGACACGAUUUUAUUGCCUUUCUCUUCCUCAUCAGUAUUUUGUAGAUUACAUUAAUGGACCUGGUUGCUGUGAAAAUAAUGCCCCCUUUCCCCUUUUUUUGGACGACUUUGAGGAAAAGCAAUCUUAAAAAAAAAUAGGAUUA